GCUGCAACUAAUUACAGCGGUUUGUCUUCAUUUACCACACCUUGUGCGGUGCGCCAGCUUUCUGGGCAGUCUGACCUGCAGAGAGAGGAGCGCUGGUCCCGUUGUUUUAUAUUUUCCAACUCUCGGUGUAUUUCCUUUAGUCUCCGUAUGCAUUUCACCUUUGACACGAUGUAGACAUGCCCAAGUUUCCUGAGACCUGCCUCUGACUUUUUUUUUGUCUCCGUUUGGCCGGAGAGACGUCAUGAAAACUGUAGCUCAACAAAUGUUCGGGACCUGCAACAAACUUUUGUUUAGAAAAACGCCAAAUGUUGUGGAGACCCAUCCAUCCAACAUUGAGACAGCAGCACAGGUGGAAAACAUCCAACAUUUGCCCAGUCCUUCCCAUUCUCCCGGUUUGGAGGCCAUUAGAGAGAGUGUUCACCAUGUGGAGGCAGUGAUGGAGAGGGCCCACCGUGGUGGUGGAUGGCUCCUGUCUGGCCUCAUCUGCAUCAACAUCCUGAUCCUUGGCUGCGCUCUGGUCAGCGGCAGUGCCUUAAACGAUGUGGCCAUUACGGCUGUGCACAGGCAAAUCUUCCUCAUCGUUCUGCUCCUCCUUACAAUGUUGUGGAUGCUGUUUUACACGACCUUCACCUCUCGAAAGGAUCAAGCAGCCUCGUUCAAAGAUAGCCAUGCUGGGCCUGUGUGGCUCAGAGCUGGACUUGUGCUGUUUGGGCUUCUCAGUUUCCUCAUGGACAUCUUCAAGAUUGCUAACUAUGUGGGCUACCUUCACUGUGACUCUGCUGUUAAAGUUGCCGUCCCUGUUGUCCAAGCUGUAUUUUUGUUUGUCCAGACAUACUUUCUGUGGAUUCAUGCAAAGGACUGUGUGCAGCUACACACAAAUUUUACACGGUGUGGGCUUACUCUUAUGCUUUCAACUAACCUGGUGAUGUGGAUGGCAGCUGUGACUGAGGAAUCACUUCACCAAACUGAGAUUCCUGAUCUAAAUGUCAGUGUCUCACACAAGAUGUACAGAGCCAGCUAUGGUGAUAAGAAGUGUAAAUGCAGUCACUCUGUGUGUGACACCUUCAAAGAGGCCUUCUACUACCUGUACCCCUUCAACAUAGAAUACAGCCUCUUUGCUUCGGCGAUUGCCUACGUCAUGUUGAGAAAUGUUGGUCGACUUGUGGAGGAUCACAGCCACCACAAUGUGAAGUUCCGUCCAAAGGAUGUGUGUUUCGGACCUUUAACAGGAAUACUCCUGGUGGUGGCAGGACUUGUAACAUUCAUGGUGUACGAGGUGGACAUACUAAAAGAGGAUGAGAACCAGAGAAACAAGGCUCUGCUGAUUCAUUUUAUCAUGAAUAUAGUGAUUGUGAGCCUGAUGUCCCUCUGCACAGUGAUUGGCUGCAUCGUCUACAGGCUGGACCACAGGGAGCAUUUGUCGGCGAAAAACCCCACACGCAGCCUGGAUGUGGGGCUGCUGGUGGGAGCCUCACUGGGACAGUUAAUCAUCAGCUAUUUCACCAUUAUGGCCAUGGUGGUGACAGGAGCCAGAGGGUACCUGAAUGCCCUCAACCUGUCCUGGGCUGUGCUGACGGUGCUCCAGCUCGGCCUGCAGAACUACUUCAUCAUCGAAGGCCUCCGUCGGGAACCCUUCCACAUGAUGCAGGAAGUGGCUCUGCACACAAAUGCUCACGCCUUCCAAGAACACACAGAGACGGGCAUUGUGAGCGAGAGCAUUAAGUCUGGCUGCUUCCUGACUUCAAGUCUUGAUAAACCAAGCUGGAAGAGAAGAGUACUGAAGGAAGUCUGUGCCAUUCUGCUGCUUGCUAACAUCAUUCUGUGGAUCAUGCCUGCCUUCGGCGCUCGUCCCCAGUUUGAUUAUCCCAUGGAGAUAAAAUUCUACAAAUUCACAAUGUGGGUCACCAUUGUGAAUAUUGGACUUCCUUUUGGAAUCUUCUACCGCAUGCACUCAGUCGCCAGUCUCUUUGAGGUGUACUUAAACUCUUAGAUGGACUUAUUUGAGCAUGGAGAGUAAUUUUAUGAUAGAACGUAUUUACUUAAAUGUUUAAAUUGAACUUGUGAUAUUAAUAAAUUUUUAACUUAAAAGAAAAA